AUGGGCAAGGACAAAUCCGAGAAGAAGGACAGGAAGGAGAAGAAGGAGAAGAAGCGCUCCGAGACAGACGGUGUUCACAAGCACAAGAAAGACAAGAAGGAAAAGAAGCAGCAGCAGCUAUCCGAAAACGCCGAGAAGGAGCUCACUGCACAAGUGCUGGAAGGACUGGAGAAGAAGGAGGAACAGAUCGAAGUUGCUGAAGUCGCAACAACAGAGCAACGGCCGAUUGGUGCUCUGGUGCCUUUCGCAAACCCUCUGGCCGAGGACAAGACCGCUAAGAAGGUGUUCAAGACCGUUAAGAAGGCCGCCGUCAACAAAUCCCUCAAACGCGGAGUCAAAGAAGUCGUCAAAGCCCUCCGCAAAAGCGCCAUCCCAGCAGCCAACGCACCCAUCACAGAGCCAAUUGGCGUCGUCAUUCUUGCCGCCGACAUCUCUCCCCUUGACGUUAUCAGCCACAUCCCUGUUCUGUGCGAAGACCACGGCAUUCCCUAUGUUUUUGUUGCUUCGCGGGCCGAGCUUGGUGCCGCCGGAGCCACCAAGCGUCCUACAAGUGUGGUGAUGGUGACGUCCAAGUCCGGGAAGAAGAGCGGCAAGGCCGAUAAGAAGAAAGAUGCGGAUGGAGAGGAUGAGGAAGAUUUCAGUAAGGUCUUUGCGGAUCUGGUGAAAUUGGCUUUGAAGGAGCAGGAAAAGGUCAAGAUCUGA